GAGGGAGAAGCGCGAGUGAAGCGACCAGACACCAUGUGGACCAGCGGAGGAGAGAGAGCGCAGGGGCCGCGCCGAGGCUAAACGCGGGGCGGUCAGAGCCCAGAUCAGAAGAGGCGAGCGGGACAGAGGGGUCCGCGGGCGCUGGCGGUGCGGGACGGGUGCGGUCCGAGAGCCGAGCCGAGGCCUCGCGCGCCCCUGCCCGCAGCCGCCCGCGAUGAGCGAGGCGAGCCGGGUGUGCUCCGGCUACUACAGCCUCAACCACAGCUUCGUGGAGCCCUUCCAGUGCCCCCGGCGCGGCGAGGGGGCCGCCCUCCUCUACUGCUGCGGCUUCGCCGACCUCAAGUACUGCUGCAGCGAGCCGGGCAGCUACUUCCCCUACAAGCACAGCUACAUGUGGAGCCUCAGCAUUGGUGCCCUGACUGGAUUGGGAAUUGCUGCCCUUGUUUUACUGGCCUUUGUCAUCAGCGUCUGUGUCCUUUGCUAUUUAUUUCUGUAUACGAAGCCUCAAAGAUUAGACACUGGACUUAAGCUUCAACACCUAGAGACUUCUUCCACUCGAGAAGGCAACUCAAACAGGAAAACCAAAGCCCCCAAUUCCAAUGCAGCAACAAAUGAAACAUCCUACGAAGCUGAUGAUACAAUUCAAGAAAAAACAAUGGAUACAUCACAAAUCAACACUGUGUAUUAUUAAAAAUCCUGUGUUGUAAAAGCCCCGGAGAGAACAAGAAAUAAAAAUAGAGUGCAUUUCAAACAUA